AUGUCCGAGGUACUGCCAUACAACGAGGGGAAAAUGAGCGGCUACGGGGCGGACAGCGAGGUCAGUCAGAUGUCCUUUAGCUGCGGACUUCAGGACACCAGCGCCUUCUUCGCGGCGUCGCAGGCGAAAAGACCCCCGAAGCUGGGACAGAUCGGCCGGGCCAAGCGAGUGGUGAUCGAGGACGACCGAAUAGACGAGGUCCUGAAGGGGAUGACGGACAAGUCGUCACCUGGCGUCUAAAACGCGCUGAACGAUGCCUUGCAAGACUUUUUAUUUUGAUCACCGAUUUGAAGCACUUGUCGGCUGUGCAUGUUCGAGGAUUUUGGGAGACAACGAUGGCACGAGGCGAAGACAAGGAUGGAUUAGGAAUGGAAGGAAGAAGGUGAAAAGACGAAAGGAAGAGAGAUAAGAGAAAUAGAAAGCUAAGAUAGAGAGAGAGAGAGAGAGAGAGAGAGAGAGAGAGAGAGAGAGAGAGAGAGAGAGAGACUCUGGAGGGGAAAAAGAGACCGAGAUUUAUUAUGGGAUUGCUGGCAAUUCUCCAAACGAAUCCCGAUUUGAGCAACUGCUGCGUAGCCAGAUGUUGAGAUGGCGGACGCUGCUCCGUUUCUCAACCUCUGCUGAAAUCUAACGGAUGAACUUGUCAUUACACCACUUCACCACCGCCCCCCCCACUCCACUCCCCUCCCCCCACCACUCUUUUUCUUUUUUUCUUUCUUUCCAAAAAGCGCUGUAAUGCAAAAAAAAUAAAUAAAAAAAUACUGCAACUAAAGGCUGAACCCCCCCCUCCCCCAAACUCAAGCUUCCACCUCAACAGUAUAUAGGCUCGGUAUAGGCUAAACUCCAAGCCCCCCCUCCCCCUCCCCCGCCCCUCCCCCUUUACACGCUCUGCAUUGUUGAUUCAGUCCGUCAGCGGCGUUGCAUUUAAAGGAGCUGUCCUUUCAGCACUGACCCGACGACAGCGAGUUCCGGUCGCUGCUGAAGCUUUUCUUCUUCUUCUGCUUCUUCUUCUUCUUCUUCUUAAAACUGACCAACAUAAAACUCUCAAGUCCACGAGCUAGAGGAGAGCCGUUGUAUGUAAAACCAUAUAUCCGAGGCUGGUGCAAUGUUAAUAUUGUCUUUAUUAUAGACCCAUUUGGUUUGCCCCCCCCCUUUAAAAAAAAAAGAAAAGGUCCCUUGCUACACGCUACAUUUCCCCCCCCUUUUUUUGCAUUACACCCCCCAACGGUUAAGGGUGCAGGUUGGCGCCUUCAUGUAGCUACAAUCUCCACCUGCGCACUUCCUCCUUUCUGAACCCCACAUUUCCAAUACUCCAACACCAAGAGGCCAGCAGAGAUGUGGAGGUCAUACAGUGGUAAACAUGUUUGAAAAUAGUAGAAAUGAUACU